AUGACCACGUCUUUGCUGAAUGAAUGGGUCGACGCUCACGAGUCCAUCGUAACGGUGGCGAAAGACCUCAUCGAUCCUGUGUCGGUUGUUCCUUUGUAUGGAAAAGACGAUCGAUCGAUCGUCGCACGAAGUAACUUCGAGCUCGGUACGGAAUUGGUGACCCUGAAUGCCGGAGCAUUUCUAAAUGGCAGUUACUGGCUGGACCAAAUCGACGCAAAAGACCAAGUCAAGUUGAAGCAGCACGUGGACCUGUUGCAAUUGAGUGGCACAAUGAAAACGACAAUGGCAUUGCUAGCAGAGCUAGCACGAGGUGAGCAGAGUGACUUCAAUGGCUACAUCCAGCAACUCCCAACGACCAUUUCGCUCCCUUUUUCGUGGAGUCAAGAGUUUCGGGAUAUGCUUCGACACACUUCAGUGUUCCCGCUCUUGGACGACAAGGUGGUGCUGAAAAUGUACUCGGACUAUGCUGAGCCGUUGGCCAAGCAAUUUCCUACACUUUGGCCGAGUGAAGUGUCGACGCUGGGGAGAUUUCAGUGGGCGUACGCUGUCGUUGUAUCACGGGCCUUUAGCGUCGCAGAUGCACUUGAACCCACGUUGCUUCCAGUGAUUGAUAUGGCCAACCAUGAGGCUGAAAACCCAGCAGCACAUUUAGUCAAAACGGACUCGGGCAGUUUUCAGUUGGUUGCUCUACGCAAGGUGGAAAAGGGCGAGUCAGUUACGAUCGCAUACGGGAACCUGUCAAAUGCGCAGCUAUUGCAUCGUUACGGUUUCGUCUUGCCCUCACUGGUACCGUCGGAUGCGAUUCACAUUAUCAGUUCCGAGCUCGUCAACGCAUUCCAAACUUGCUCGCGAAGCAAUGAAGACGAUCGAGACGAUCGAGCUGAAAAAGACGACGUCCCUCAAGUUGACAACGAUGACGUCCCUGUAGCCGGCAAAGGCAAAGGCAAAGCUUUGACAAACUCGGCCAAGCGUCAGAAACUAGUCCAUCCAGAAAACGACAAUGACUCUCUGUGUUUCCUACUGCAUGGAGAUGCUAAACGAGAGUACGGGCUGGGUGACGCGCUCAUGAGCUUUGUGAUGGCAUCCCGAUUGCCUGCCGAGCAGCUCUAUGAUGCGCUCGUCGUGCUUCUGCAAGAGAAAGACAAGUGGUACAGCAAUGUGCUCGCGAUGUCAUCCGACAACGCCGCCCCCGAAUUAGACGCUAUCCAGCUGCUCUGCCGGAAUGGACGCCAACUUUGUCGCCGCAUCUUGUUGGGCCUGAUGUCUCUCGAGGAGGACUCGGAUCUGAGCGACGGCGAGGACUAG